CAGUAGCCCCAGUAAACGAGGCUUCUCCAAGAAGGCCACGCCAUUUACGACACCACAACUUCUAGGUGAUUUCAAGACACCAGUACCCCAAGGACACUUUCUUCGCAGAAUAUGCCUCAGGACCCUUCGCUGAGCAUGCUCGAUGACCUUUUCAAGCCCUCGCUUGAUUCCCUUUCUAUGCCACCGACGCGACCGAUAGAAAGAUCAAUCUCAUCGUCUCGUGACAAGCAAUCAUCACAACAACAACAGUCGAUAUCAGCUUCACAGCAGCCACCGCUACCAUCACAGCUAUCGUCACUGCCGCAGCAACAGCAGCAGCAGCAGCAAUUACAACAAAAACAGCAAAUGCAAGUACAACAGACGAUGAAGCAAGCGACGAGACAGGCACAGCAAUAUCACGAUAGUUCUACAGACUUUUUCAAGUCUUUAGAGAGUACACUACCAAGUUCGCCAUCUCAUCGUUCAUCAUCGCGCUCUCCUGCCUCUUUGUCCUCUUCAUCAUCAGCAUCCUCAACGUUAGCGCAGCUACCAGCAUUUCCAACCGUCUCAACCGAUUACUCUGUAUUUGCGCGCACAGGUUCAUUCGCUAGAAUCACACCGCCCCGCAGCACGUCUCAGGGCGGUGCAAAGAGUGCCGUGCCAAGUUCAGACCCAUCACCUGAAUCGGUAGCAUCCCCUGCAACAUCCAUGAUCACUCCUUUAGGGUUGCAUGGGACAGUAGGGGGUGGAAUAUCCCCACAUCGUCAUCAUCCCCAUCAUCGUCGCCUGCUUCAGUGGCGUCGCCAACGUCUCCUUCUUUGCAAAGAACUUUGCCUGAGGAUUUGCAGUCAUCGUUGCCACAUUCAUCGUCAGGAUCGCCUGCUAAUCGAGUUUCUAUGUCUCCUUCAUCCUCAAUGAACAUGUUUCCUAAAAUCGAAUUUGCUCCGACUCUAGGACCAGAGGAAUUGAAGGUGAAGACUCCUGUCAGGGCUCUGAAUGCUCAAUGUCCUGCACCGCUAGUAAAACGGGGGCAGUCCGAAAAGAUUGAGUCUACAACACCAGCCUCAAUGCCAGCCCCAGCGCCGACACCACCCCAAAGACAGUCUUUACGACAACAGCAACAACAUCAACAACAGCAACAACAUCAACAACAUCAACAACAU